ACCCCAUUAAUUGUCUCUCUCCAACGCCAGCCAGGUGUUAGCGUUUCGAGGAGGAGAAGACAUCAAAGCACUUCUCCUUCAAUCAAUUUUACAGAUUUGUAGCCCUAGAUCAAUCCGUAGGGCUCUGAUUGGGUUCUUUCGGAUCGGAGGAUAAGCGAACCGGAUCAACGAUGUUCUUGGUAGAUUGGUUCUAUGGAAUUCUCGCAACCCUCGGUUUAUGGCAGAAGGAGGCGAAGAUCUUGUUUUUGGGUCUCGAUAAUGCCGGAAAGACCACCUUGCUCCAUAUGUUGAAAGAUGAGAGAUUGGUUCAACAUCAGCCAACACAAUACCCAACGUCAGAGGAGCUUAGUAUUGGAAAGAUCAAGUUCAAAGCAUUUGACUUGGGUGGUCAUCAGAUUGCUCGCCGUGUUUGGAAAGAUUAUUAUGCUAAGGUGGAUGCUGUUGUAUACUUGGUGGAUUCCUAUGACAAAGAAAGGUUUGCCGAGUCUAAGAAAGAGCUGGAUGCUCUCCUCUCUGACGAGUCCUUGGCCACUGUGCCAUUUCUUAUAUUGGGUAACAAGAUAGACAUUCCUUAUGCUGCCUCUGAAGACGAACUGCGUUACCAUUUGGGGCUAACAGGCGUCACUACUGGCAAGGGGAAGGUAAACCUGGCAGAAUCCAAUGUCCGUCCACUUGAGGUGUUCAUGUGCAGCAUAGUCCGCAAAAUGGGUUAUGGGGAAGGCUUCAGGUGGAUGUCUCAGUACAUCAAGUAAUCAAGUCUAGGGAGAGUGAGAUUUGUUGCUGUUUUAAGUCUUGUUUUUGUACUGGAUAAGUUGAAGAUGUCUGUUUAUCUCUAUGGGUUAAAACAGUUUCUGUUUUUCCCCAGGUUUUCAGUGAAACAGCUAAAAACAGUGUUCUAUUAUAUAUGUCUAGUCUACAUUUUUCUUUUCAUAUAUA